AACAAACCAGGAACAUGCCUUGGAAGUUAGUGUUAAACCGAUUUACUUAAGUAAUCAACGAUCUCCAGAUUUGCACACAAUGUUUACACCUUAGACGCAUUAGAUAUGUCAAGAUACUUGUCCACGAGUGACACAUUGCGCCAGAAAAACGCUGUCGAUGGAGCAUGUGUGGUAAAUGUGAAAGAUGCAGAGGAGAGGAGAGAUCCAGAGAGAACUGUUAAGUUAUGGUUCGUGGAUAUCUCUGACUUUGGAAGGACAUCUCAGUUUUUAUUGCUAUCUACAGCUGUUUUUGCAUCAUAUUUAAUAUAUGGAUAUUUGCAAGAGCUUAUAUUUAGACUGAAGGAGUUCCGUCCAUUUGGCUGGUACCUGACACUAGUACAAUUUCUCUGCUACUUGGUUUUUGGACUUAUUGAAAUGCAAUUGCGGAAUAGUUUCACAAGGAAAAUUCCUAUGAAAAUGUAUGCACUGCUGGCCUUUUUGACUGUAGCCACCAUGGGUCUUUCUAAUACCUCUGUGGGAUAUUUGAAUUAUCCAACUCAAGUUAUUUUUAAAUGUUGUAAGCUCAUCCCAGUCAUGGUGGGCAGCAUUCUUAUUCAGGGGAGGAGAUAUAACUGUAUAGAUGUCAGUGCAAUGAUGUGUAUGAUAGUAGGACUGAUAUUAUUUACUCUGGCAGACAGCAGUGUAUCUCCAAACUUCAAUACUUAUGGUGUUAUCUUGAUCUCUCUGGCACUGUGUGCUGAUGGAGCGAUAGGCAAUGUACAGGAGAAAGCGAUGAAGCAGUAUGAAGCCUCAAACACAGAAAUAGUCUUCUACUCGUAUGGAUUAGGAUUUUUCUACAUUUUAAUUGGCUUACUACUAUCCGGAAAUUUCUUUCCAGCCUUUGAGUUUUGCAAACAGUAUCCUGUGCAGACCUAUGGUUAUGGAUUUUUGUUCUCUGUUUCUGGAUAUGUAGGACUGGCCAUCGUUCUUACUCUGGUUAAAACCUUUGGGGCCUUAAUCGCAGUAACAGUGACCACAUGCAGGAAAGCUGUAACAAUUAUUUUAUCCUUCUUUUUCUUCUCCAAACCGUUCACAUUCCAGUAUGUCUGGUCUGGAUUACUGGUUGUUUUGGGAAUUUAUCUCAAUGUUUACAGUAAAAACCGUAAAUCGUGGGAUAAAGUGAUAUCUGACACUGUUUCUAAAGUGGAAGUCUGUGUUAAACUCAAAAAAGGAAAUCCUAGACGUAUACUUACUGAUGUUUGAUUGUAGUUAUAUGAAUCUUAUGAUACUUGUCAUGGGUAUAAACUUGUUAAACCAA